AGUAGCAAGCAACUAUACCUAGCUAGCUACUUGAAAAUGGCAGCUGAGCUAAAUGCCCGACCAGUUGGUGGCACCGAGACUAGCUGGUGCCGCGCCGUCCCCGGCGGCACGGGCAUAACGGUGCUAGCCUUCCUUCUCUCCAAAUCCCCAAAAAUGCUCAACCUCCAAACUGCCCUCCACAAAAUCCAAAACUCCCACCCAAUCCUCAGCUCAAGGCUCCAUACAAACCCUAAAACAAACACGUUCUCCUUGGUCACAUCUCCCACUUCCUACGUCCAACUCAAAUCUUUCAACCUCUCAUCAACUCUAAACAUCCUUGAAACCCUAGCCAACCCUAGCAACCGAUCAGUCUCUCCCCUCCACCUGAUUUGUGAACAUGAACUAAACGAAAACACGUGGCAGCAUCACAACACUGCCGAUCCUGAUCAGGACAUGUUCUUUGCGAGUAUCUACGCUCUUCCAGGCACCACGUGGGUCCUCGUGCUGAGGCUUCACGUCUCAGCAUGCGACCGCACCACAGCGGUGUCUUUGCUAAGAGAGUUGGCGGGAUUGAUGAGUGGUCGAGAUGAAGGAAAGGAGAGGGAGGUGGUGGUAAAGAAGAAAAUUGGGAACAAAGGGGAGGUUAAUCUGGGAAUUGAGGAUCUUAUUCCUAGUGGGAAGGCAAAUAAGGGUUUGUGGUUACGUGGGAUGGACAUGCUUAGUUAUUCUGUCAAUUCUCUGAGGCUAGCAAAUUUGAAAUUUAAAGACAACAAAUCAGCAAGGUUUUCUCAGGUGGUGAGGCUUCAGAUGAAUCGAGACGAGACUCAGAGGGUUCUCAAUGGUUGCAAGGCAAGAGGGAUAAAAUUAUGUGCACUUUUUGUGGCGGCUGGAUUGAUAGCAGUGGAUAAGUGCUCAAAACAUCGUCUGGAUUAUAAAAUGAAGUACGGUGUAGUGACACUCACCGAUUGUCGGUCCAGUCUCGAUCCACCUCUUUCAGAUCACCAUUUUGGAUCUUACCACUCUGCCAUCCUCAACACACGCACCACCAAAGGAGGAGAAACUCUGUGGGAGCUGGCCAACAAAACCUACAAGGCCUUUGCAAGCUCAAAGAACAGCAACAAGCACUUCUCAGACAUGGCCGACCUCAACUUCCUGAUGUGCAAGGCCGUCGAAAACCCGACAUUGACUUCUUCAUCUUCCUUGAGGACGAGCUUCAUGUCGAUGUUCGAGGACCCCGUGAUUGAUGAUUCUAGCGACGUGCAAAGAGAGGCGGGAAUGGAGGAUUACAUGGGUUGUGCUUCAGUUCAUGGCGUUGGCCCUUCCAUUGCAAUUUUCGACACAAUAAGAGAAGGACGGUUGGAUUGUAUUUGUGUGUAUCCAGCACCAUUGCACUCAAGAGAGCAAAUGCAAGAGCUUGUUGAUAACAUGAAGAAGAUUCUUGUGGAUUGUGAUAGCAAUGUAUAGAGCGUGUGAGAUUUUAAUUACUUGUUUAUGUACGAUCACUAAGGGGGUUUAGAAUUUAUAUUUUCAAUAACGAGCUUGCUACAUGCUAAGGUUUGCAGAGCUCAAGUGAUUGAAAG